CUACGCCAAAGCCUACCAUCCCAAUGCCUACAUGGCCAAUGCCUCCAACGAUGAAACCAAGCGGAGAUUCGAGUGAGCCACGUGAAACAACGUGCGAGCCUUCAGCGAUCACCUGUUCGAGCAGAGGGGGAAGAAGAAAAUAAAAGAAAUGGGCAACCAGAACGUCCUCGACUACGGCUUCCUAACCAUGGAUCAUUCACGGUGGUCCGUACAGAACAUCCAAGAAGCUCUGAGUGCCCUCAAGGCCGUGACGCAAAUAGUCAAGGAGGUGACAGGCAAGACCGGCUUCACGGUGCUGGGCCUCUACAGCAAGGUCAAGACCACUUGCCAGACAAUUUUCGAUAUAAGCGGGCAAGGGUUCAAACCAUCAGCAAUAAUAAUCUUGGGCCACAUCACCUACCCCGAUCGGCACAUUCGCGGGUGCCACAUCCUUCCGCCAAAUCUCUACGGCGUUCAGCGAGACCUGCUGAAAGAUAUUGGCUACGGCCACUUAUUCGAAGACGGUGUAGCCCUGGGUCGGUGCAUCGAGGAGAAAAUCAAGCUUACGGGUUACAUACCCGUGAAGGUCUCUGUGACUCUCAAGGGGCGCCGCUACAAAGCCAAGCCGGAACGAGACUCAUCGUUUGUCGGCAUUGGAAACUUCGAUCUGCUACGCGAAUGCGGCCGGCGUAAACGGGACCCGAAAUACAACCAAGACGCCCCAGCAGUCCGGGUUUGCGAACAAUCCGAGCAGUAUAAGAAGAACAUAAAUUUCAGUGAGCAAUACCAGAGCGUGGUCACGUACGACAAGUCGAAAGGAUACACGAUCACCUUCGACAAUGAGGCCUCCCUUCGAAAGAAAGUCUGCGACGCCAGAGCGUCGCACGGUUCGUUCUCUCUCGCCGCCUACGACGUCAACUACGACCAAGGCAAAUCCUCUUGUGCUAUGUGGGGCGCCAAGGGCCACUUAUCCCGACUCAAACUCAUCCGCAAGCUGAAUGCUUUCAUGCGUGGCGAGGACGCUGGCGACAACGUCAACUGUAAAAGCGACAGCGAUAACUUGCGGUGACCGGAGGCGAACUCUAGGUGCCGGCCACUUGCAGCCAGCUUAUGGAUUUCUUUAAUACUCGCAGAAGACAGAUACACUGUAUUUAUUAUUUCAGAGUGUUCAUGUUCUGCCCUGACAUGCGCGUCGAACACUCGUAUUUAUUUACAAAUGAGAACAUGCUGUUCAUAGAAUAACCCGUUUUAUGGCCACUGAGAUGGUUGUAUUUUAUCCGUUUGUCUACGGUGUACAAGCAAGGCAAUAUUGUGAUGCGGCUUGCUCAUUACGUGGCGGUCAAUGGUAAAUUAUGAGUGCGGGAAAAGUUUUGUGCGGGAAUUCAGUGCGUCAGUUGUUCGCGGGUCAAAAGGUCUGAGAAUAAGAUGGACUUUUGGGCGGCCGCGUUACGCCGCCGAGUAUUCGGAUUUCAGUUCUGCACGAGCAUUAAGAGACGUGAUUUUCAAAACGAAGGCACACAGUCUCCGGAAAUUUAAUGUUUCACUUCAACGCAAGCCUUGCACAUUGAUGACGUCUUUUAAAGCUGUUACAGACAAGGCAGUGCGAAUCCUUAAUCGGAUCCUCUCUAUAGAAUAGCACUUACACGCAUUUUUAAGCCUUACCGUCGUAAGCCAUGGUGAAGGUUUCAAAGGAGAUAUCUUGUUUAAGCUAUUUUUAAAGAAGGCGUAUGAAAUGUGAUCGACCCACUCCUGCCAUAGCCCUAACGGGCUGAAGUAUGUAUAAAUGAAAAAAAAAAAUUUAGUAAUGGCGCAUGGUAUAGCGGAGGUAAGAUACUGAGCACUUUCCUCGUUAUUAUGACGUGUAUAAAAUGUGCUGCCGCUUUAAAUUGCUGUCCAUAUAGAUAACUAUACAAUGAAAGCAAUUACUAUUAAAUAUUGUUAAGCUUUUGGA